AUGCUCGCGCUGGCCUGGUUGUCGUGGUUGCUGCUGCUAGGCCCGACACGGGAGAGCGCUGCCCGCUCAGCGCCCGUGUACGACGCGAGGGGACUCUUCGCUGACCGCCUGACUCACGACGACCGCGCUCGUCUGCGCAGCUGUCCAUGCAGCGGGCGCCCCAACAACAGUGACGAGCAGCUCUCCUCUUUAGCGUCGCUGUGCCUCCCCGUCGACUUCACCGGCAAGAGGCCGCGCAAGGAGGUCUUCGCCUUCUCAGUGGCGACCGACGACCGCUGGAAGCACUACGACUGGGACCAGGUACUGUACGCGCUGCUGCUUGACCCACGUCGACCGCUCACGACCGUGGCGUGGAAUGAAGACAAGCAACUGCUUUGCCAUGCGCACAGCAAGGGCGUCAAGGUCGUGGUCAAGCACAACUUCGACGACGUGGAGCAACUCUGCAACACCACAGCUCGCCAGAACUGGAUCAAGCUUGGUGCGGCCAGCGGGAUGCUUGCCUGCCUGUCGUUUUGUCUCGGGCUGGCUGAGAAGCAGACUAACGGAGCGCCUCUGUUUUGCGGUCUGCAGGCGACGUACACCCAGAUCGUAGAGAACUACGCCGACGGCGUCAACAUUGACACGGAGAAGCCCAUGCACGGAGCCACUGCCCAGUGCAUGGCGUCGCUUGUGUACGAGCUGCGGCACGAGUUGGAGCAGCACGCACUCACGAAGAACGCGCAGAUCACGUUUGACGUUCCCUGGGCACCUCGCGGCGUGGAUGGUCGGUACUACCCGUGGCGAGAGCUCGCGGACGCAGCGGAUUUUCUGUUCGUCAUGUCGUACGACAUGCGCAGCCAAGUGUACGACGCGUGCGUGGCAGGCGCCAACGCCCCGCGGGCGCUCGUGCAGCAAGGUCUGGAGGAGUUCCUGCUCGCGUUCGACAUCGCGCCGGACAAGUUGGUACUCGGGGUGCCGUGGUACGGCUACGACUACCCGUGCCUGGGGCCGCAGCAAGGCGCGGUGAUUGACGACGCCUCGAGGUGUCGGAUCCGGCCGGUGCCGUUCUUCGGUGCCCCUUGCAGUGACGCGGCAGGUGGACAGGUCGACUACGCCGACGUCCAGCGACUGGUGAAGCGGCACGGGCUCGUCGAGCAAUGGGACCCCACGACGGAGACCCCGUUCGUGUGGUACGCGCAGGAGGGGCACCAGUCGCAGAUUUGGUUCGACAACCCGCGCAGUCUGCGCGCCAAGUACCGCCUCGUGCGGGAGCUCGGGCUGCGCGGCGUGGGCAUGUGGAACGCCGACACGCUCGACUACUCGGGCGGCGGCAGCGCAGCCAACGACACGCGGCUCAUGUGGAGCUCGCUGGCGGAGGCCUUUGCGUCGUGAAUCACUCGCGGCUGUCCUGCAUCCAGCCUUGCCGGUCUACUAGCCACAGGCCAGCAAGCUAGAGCGUACGCCUGUUGUUGCGGCCGGUCGAUGGUGUUCGCGCUGCUGCUGUUGCUGCUGCUGCUGCUGCUACUAUCAUAGCAGCCUCAUUAUUUGUUGCCUUUUUGUAAAGACAAGUCUGGCAUGA